AUGAAGCUACUGCCUUGCCUCUACGCCGUCGUCGCGCUACCGCUCGUGCAGCUUGUCGCGUCGGCACCCGAACGAUACGCGGGCGGCGCCGUGCAAGGUCUCCGAGUCGAAGCUCGCGCCACUGUAAACGUGACCCUGCAGUGCUUCAACAAUCAGUUCCGCGACCCCAAGAGUGCGUUAGAUUUCCGAUGCAUCAAUAAAUUCGCUGAAGAUGACCAUAAACGUACUCGGACGUCAUGCAGCCAGGGAAUGUAUAUUUUGCACCGCCGUGUUCGGACCAAAUGUUGCAACGUGCACCUCCAAGCGGCCGACUGCAUGGUAGGUGGGAUUCGUGGGUUCCCAGCCUCUUGUCCACUCGAGUGACCGCUUAGUUGGAGUCUUCGUUCUACAGCAUGUAUGGUACCCCAAAUGGGAAACGCUGUGCAGCGCCUCGCUGCCAGUCGGGUCAAUGGCCGGGAGAUCUCGGUGAGCCACCACUCCCCGCGGCGGCCGAGGCGAAAAGUCUGUGCAACCACUGACGCUCCUUUCUGCCGUCAUCGCAUCACUUUCUGCGGGAUGUUUAUUGCGCUCUCAAGGUAUGUGACCUGACCCCACAGGGGGUUCUGCUCGCGCUCGCUCGUUGACCAGUCUCGUGAAUUCUGUGUUGGCGCAGGCGAGUUGUGCGUGCCCUGUCCCGACCCUCUAGCGCUCAAAUGCAGUAUCAAGGGUGUGUCGACGGCGUGCCGUCGCGGGCUCCUCAGGAACGGUAUUUGCGCUUUGGUCACUUGUACGGGAGCGACCUAUCCCUCGGAGUUGGGUCAGUCCUUCGUCCACCCGAGUCUCUAGAGGUCACUAAGACCGGCGCAAUUGAAACAACAUUGACUUUGGCCCCGAGACAGGCAAACUGUGCCUGCGCUGCCCCGACAAGUGGGCACUCACGUGUAACGCGACUGGUUCCUCGUCGUGUCGUACGGCAGCACCUUGUCGAAUGGAACGUGCGUCCCCUUGUGCCCGGCGCCUCGGGUGCUGGCUCAAAAUGGUCCGUCCCGGCUCUGUUUGGACCUUUCGUUCCUGGUGCGGAACCUGAGUAGAGCGCCGAAUCGACGUUUCUGCUAGGUCUCGAAUGUUGCUCGGAUGUACGUGCGACCUCGUGCGUGUCAAAGUGGGAACCUUUGUCGUGUCAAAUCGGCUACGAGGUCAAGAACGGCAUUUGCGUGGCCAUCACUUGCACCUUGCCCAACGUCAUGUCUCGGGACGGUCAGUGUCGCCACGUAGCUCGAGUCACCUUGUGUAGGAAUGAUAUCACUGACCAUAAUACCCACUUGGUGAGACCAGGCACGGGGUGCUGCCGCGAUCCCUACGCUGCCGAAUGUUCGAGUCGAACGAAUUCGACAUCCUGCGUCACCGGUUACAUCGCCGUCAACGGUGUUUGCAUCACGUCCAAUUGCACAUUGCCUUCGAUUCUUGCUCAAGAUGGUACGCCGCGAUGACCUCUCACACCCCUCUCUUAUCUCGGGAAGGGACUAAUAUCUUCGCCGGUGCUGUGCGCCAAUAGGUAUUGGAUAUUGCCGUGACCCCUAUGCGGCGUCCUGCUCCGAUCGAUUCGCCUCGACAUCGUGUGUUGCAGGCUACAUGUUGGUCGGAAAGGCCUGUCAGCAAAUGCGAUGCCCGCCGCCCGGCAUCUCGGCCGAUGACAGUGAGUGAUCCGAGUUGCAAUCAACCGCUCACCACUCCCCUAAGCCCUAAAGCACCGACGCCCCCUGUUCAAUCAGACGGCGGGUGUUGUACAGACCCGCACGCCUCGGCCUGCUGGAACAUUGGCCAGCCGAGCGCCUGCAACCCCGGAUGGGAAUACCUCGGUGGGGGCUGGUGCACGGAGAUCUACUGUCAGGCGCCCAAUCCUGUCCUGGCCGAAAAUGGUGAGUGCGGUUUCGUUCUCUCGCGCCUUCCGGAGUCAAGUGCUGAAAUCUUUUAUAAUUUGAAACAGGCGCAGGCUGCUGCUCGGACGCUUUGGCGACUUCUUGUUCGGACCCCAACACCCCAACAGAAUGCGUAUUUGGCCACAAAGUCAUUAAUAACGCGUGUACGGCCGUCGUGACGUGCAUCGAGCCGAACCCCGUCUACUCCGCCGAUGGUGAGCUCACUUACCCUUGGUGGUUCUGGCUGCGAGAGGCGCGACUGACACCGGUGAGCGCUCGGCCCUUGUCACCCAUACGACAGGCACCGGUUGCUGCGUCAACGAGUUGGCCACGGCUUGCUCGACCCCGACCUUCACCACAGCAUGCAAAGGCUGGUAUAUUGCGCGGACGGAUGGCAAAUGCUACAAGACCCAUCCCUAUUGA